UCUUCUCCCCUGUGAAUUCCAACACAUACAUAGUUAAUGACGACGGAAAUUUCCUUCUGGGGCUCUCAAAUUAUGUCUUUCGUACGUCGUCAGCCCACAUCUCAUUUCACUGUUCAAUUUGUUCUGUGUGGACUGGAAAUGUAGUAUUUAUUCGGGGAAGAAAUAAUCAGUGGGGGUAGUAUAUGGUUCAGUUCGAUUGGUUUUCCCUUUGAUUUUCCGGGAAAAUUCUUGGUUCCCUCUCAGGUAUAACUUGAUUGCUUUUCCUACCUUUGCAUUCCCUCCCACCGCUGCAUUCGCCCAGAAAGAUUAAGAUUUGCUCCUCGUUUUCUCUGGGUCAACAAAUCUGGAAAGGAAUAUCAAAUAUGGUGUCGUUCCGAUCACUUCUUAAUUUCCGAGGCAUUUCUCAGAGGGGAAGAAUGAAUGAGGUCGAGCUUGGUGUACACACCAUUAAGUCUCAUGGAGCCUCAGUAGCAAGGCAUCACUUGUAUGACUGGCUUAUACUGCUGCUGCUUGUGGUCAUUGAGAUCAUACUGCUUGCUGUGCACCCAUUUUACCGCUUCGUUGGGAAGGACAUGAUGACAGACCUUAAAUAUCCGAUGAAGAGCAACACUGUGCCCGUGUGGGCUGUUCCGAUGUAUGCCGUUUUGUUUCCUAUUCUCGUUUUCCUGCUCUUAUACCUCCGAAGGAGAGAUGUCUACGAUUUGCACCAUGCCAUACUAGGGCUCUUGUUUGCUAUUUUUAUAACUGCGGUCAUCACUGAUGCAAUAAAAGACGCCGUUGGCCGCCCUCGACCUGAUUUCUUCUGGCGUUGCUUUCCUGAUGGAAAAGAUAACUAUGAUUAUUGGGGUAAUGUAAAAUGCCAUGGCAAAGAUAGUGAUAUUAGAGAAGGACAUAAGAGCUUCCCAAGUGGCCAUACUUCAUGGUCCUUUGCGGGUCUGGGAUUUCUUUCUCUGUACCUAUCGGGGAAAAUCAAGGCAUUCGAUCACAAAGGGCACGUUGCCAAACUAUGCCUGGUUUUUCUUCCUCUCCUCGUUGCAUCUCUUGUUGGCGUUUCUAGAGUGGAUGACUAUUGGCACCACUGGCAAGAUGUGUUUGCUGGAGGACUCAUAGGCCUUGUUGUAGCAUCAUUUUGCUAUCUCCAUUUCUUCCCCCCUCCAUAUCACCAUAAUGGGUGGGGGCCUUAUGCAUAUUUCCGGGCACUGGAGGAGUGUCGACUGAACUCACAAGUCAGACAUUCCCCGAGUGAACUCAAUCUGCAGGCUCCAGAGCCUCAAGCCUCGAAUCAGCAGCCCGUGAGGGGCAGCAAUUCAGUCAUCCCAGUAACCCCGGGAGAGAACUCAAGCUCACUAAUGGAAGAUGAUAUAGAGUUGGGGAGAAGAUAACUUGGCUGGCUCUGCUUCGAGUCCAAGAAUGUCCCGAGGCUCUUGUGAAUAAUUCCAAGUAUAUGUAUCAAAGGCAGGCAAGAUUGUUUUCUAGAUACAAUCGGCAACGAGCUUACAUUUUAUGGCCUGUUUAUAUGACAAGUAAAAUUGAUUUUUCUGCCGUUAAGGGGAGACAGGAAUUUGGACAUUUUUUGCAGAAGAAAAUCUGAAAAUAAAAUUGGUUUUAGAUCAAUCAAA